AUGUCACAAUCUGCUUUGAUAUACCAGAAAGUAUUUGAUGACUAUGAAUACAGUGAUAACUCUUUUAAAUCUGAUCUGGGUGAUUUUAUUCCUACUUCUCUAGAUUGGGAGUCUGUGAACAACUUGGUUAAGCUGUUGAAAUGUUUCUAUGAGAUGACUAUCAGAAUUUCAGGGUCCUUAUAUGUGACAGCUAACACCUUUUUCUCUGAAAUAUCUGAUCUAUACUGUAUCUUGAAUGGAAUGGUGGAAGCUGAUGGGGCUGUGAAACUAAUGGGGGCUAACAUGGAAGCAAAAUUUAAAAAAUAUUGGGUUGAUAUUGACAAAAUGAAUUAUAUGAUUUUCUUUGCAAACAUUUUAGACCCCAGGGACAAGUUAGAAUAUAUGCCAACUCAAUUACUUCAUAUGUAUGGUGAGAAAAAAGGAAAAGAUUACCUUGAGAAAUUGUUGGCUGCUUUGAAUGAAUUGUAUGAUGAUUAUGCUGUGAGUUAUAGCCCUACUGUUGUCCCAGCUACUGGUUCUGGUUCUGUAGCAUCUGUUACUCCUAUUGUUGAGUUUGUUUCUGCCCCUAUUGGGAGGCCACAACAUCUAUUGAAGGCCCAAAUUAAGAAACAAAGAAUGGAAAGUGGUGGGAGGAAAAAAACUGAGUUGGAAUAUUAUUUGAGUGAGGCAAUAACUGAAGAUGAAGGUUCAUUUGAUAUACUGAGAUGGUGGAAGGUCAAUUCUGCAAGGUUUCCUAUCCUUUCUAAGAUUGCUAGGGAUAUCUUAGCUAUACCUAUCUCAAUUGUUGCCUCAGAAUCUGCCUUUAGUACAUUUGGGAAGGUUUUAGAUCCUUUUAGGAGUUCUUUAACUCCUAAAAUUGUGGAAGCCUUGGUAUGUACUCAGGAUUGGCUUAGGCUGCCAAAUACCCCCAUUUCAAUUGAAGAAAAUCUAGAAGAAUUAGAAAGAUUUGAGAAAGAAUUUAGUGUUGAUGGUGGAAGUGCAGGUGUGAGGACUUGUAGUUCUACACUUCCAAGUAUUCUUGCAAUGAAACUUGGUGACUUUAAGUUGCUUCCCUUGCUGAGUUUUUGGCCCCUAACCACUGCUCUUAAAUACUUUUUGCAUUACUAUAAAUCUGUAAUUCUGGUAAUGUUAUCUUCUGAGUUUUUGAUAUAUUAUGGCAAAUUGGCAAUGGUGAAGCUUCCACCAAUGAUCUGA